GUUUGCCCUUGGUGCAGCCUUCUGGUUCCGUUUUUACCUCAGCCCUCACUUUUCCAGCCCCGUGGUCCGCCAUGCCGUCGCCACACUCUUUGGCCUCUCCUUUGUCAUAUUCUGUUUUGGCUGGUAUGCAGUCCAUAUCUCCAUCUUGGUGGUGGUUUGCUACAGGAUUCUGGUCACAGCUGACAUCCACAACAUUCACAGGUAUACUAUGAUCAUGGCCAUCAGCUACCUCGCAGUGUGUCAGGUGAGCAGAGUCUUCAUCUAUAACUAUGGGAUCCUCUCAACAGACUUCUCUGGGUAAGUAGCCAUGUUGUUCCAGAUCAAGACAGGUUUAGUGGCAGUACUCCAGACCGGUCUCCAGACCACAUAUUGAGUGUCUCGGUGUGGGAUAUAUUUUUACUCUGUCUUGACUCUGACAACGAGGACUCGUAAUUUCUUUCCGAGACCAACGGAGUAAAAAAACUCAUAAUCAGUUUCCAUUCAGUCGGCGCAUAAAACUACUUCACCAGGUAUAUACACUUGUUCAUGACACAGUAAUAUCUUAUCGCCUGUUGAAACCUGGCUUCUUACUUUACUCCUUACGUUAUACUGUCCUUUACUUUCGUUGAAAAAUAUCCUCAAACUUUGUUGCACAUGUCAGAGUUUCCUUGAUUGGCUGGUAGGGAAUAGUGGGGUAAAUUGAUUGGCUGGUAGGGAAGAGUGGGGUAAAUUGAUUGGCUGGUAGGGAAGAGUGGGGUAAAUUGUAUGAAAGUUGCGAGCUCACUAUUAGUAAGGGCAGACCGGGGUAAAUUGAUUGGCUGGUAGGGCAGACCGGGGUAAAUUGAUUGGCUGGUAGGGAAGAGUGGGGUAAAUUGAUUGGCUGGUAGGGCAGACCGGGGUAAAUUGAUUGGCUGGUAGGGCAGACCGGGGUAAAUUGAUUGGCUGGUAGGGCAGACCGGGGUAAAUUGAUUGGCUGGUAGGGAAGAGUGGGGUAAAUUGAUUGGCUGGUAGGGCAGACCGGGGUAAAUUGUAACAGUCUUUGUAUCUAUUAUAGACCUGUUUGGGUUAGUGAUUAUUUGUCCUCAGAAUGCUGUUGUUUUGACCAUACUGAAUGUAUAAAACCACAUGUUGUUCUGAAAUAUGAACACAGAAAUACAGGACAUUUUCAACUCUUAUAAUGGGGGCGAUUUGACCAAAUUACUAUCAUGGUCUUGAAUUGGACUCUCAUUGUUCUGGUCUUGACUUGGUCCCGGACCCCUAGUCCCCCCUCCCGGUCUCAGUCUUGACUCGGUCUCGAUUGGCUCCGUCUUUGAUCUUGAACACAACACUGAUUACUGGACUAUGUAAUGAUGAGAGAUAUUUCUGUGACCUGAAUUCUGAAAUAGUUUGUGUUUAUUGAGGUUUUCAUGGAAUGUGUUUUUUCAUGGUACAGAAUACAGAUGAGGAUCUACAUUAGAGCUUCCUCAGUCCAUACUGAAUCAGCUGACUCACUGCUUUUAUCUGCACAGUGACAACAGCACUAUCUCUCUCACUAUUCCUCAGUCUCAGCCUUCCUCAACCUCUGUUUUUCUAGAUUUGUAUGUCUUACUAGAUUCAUUUCUUUGUUCCCACCUCUCUCUUGCACACUUUCUCUCUCUCUCUCGCCGUCAUGUUGAAUCUGCCACUCCCGCCUGGUUAGUUUCUGUCUGUUAUCUGCAGGUUUUCUUGGGUCUUGCAGAGAUUGUGAAGCACUGCCCUAAACAAAUAAUAAAGCUGAUAAAACAUUUUGUCAGUUAGUUUAACAGUACCUGCCGCUGCCAUGCUUGCUAUACUAUUGCAAUUCUUUGCCAAUGCUAAUGCUAAUUAUGCUAUUAUAUGCUAUGCUAAUGAUGCUAUUUCUAACCCUAAUCAAUGCUAACCUUCGCUAACAAACUGUGCUUUCUCUGCAGACUGCAGGCAGGCAGAAUGGUGAAUGAGCUGAAUCACACUGUACUGCUGUUGACUGGAUAGACAGCACCAUCACUGGGAUCUGAUGCUCCAUUCACGCCGUUGAUGAUAAUUACCCAGAAAACCACUAUGUUAUCUUUUCAAGUGCAUGAUGGUAUGUGUAAAAAGCGCGAGGACCUCACGGCUGAUCAGAGGCUCCAUGCUGUAGACUCCAAGCCGUCUCUGAUAGAAUACCUGAGCUACAAUCUGAACUUCCUCAGUAUCCUGGUGGGACCCUGCAGUCACUAUAAAGACUACAUAGACUUUAUAGAGGGGAGACACGUUCAGAGGAGGCUGUCAGGAUCCAACACUGGACAGAAUGGAUAUGAUAAAGUCCCAGAGCCCUCACCUAUGGCUGCUGUUACACGUAAACUGCUGAUCUGUGGUGUGUGCAUGGUUUUGUUCCUGACCCUCACCAAAGCGUUCCCCAUCACAUAUAACGUUGACAGCCAUUUCGUCAACGAGGCACCUUUCCUAACCAGACUGGCGUAUGCCUUCUUCUCUAUACAAGCUGCUAGACCCAAGUUCUACUUCGCAUGGACUUUAGCGGAUGCCAUCAACAAUGCAGCAGGUUAUGGUUUUAAAGGUGUGGAUGAAGCUGGACAGGUAUCCUGGGACCUCAUCUCCAACAUCAGCAUCUGGGAGAUUGAGACAGCAACUAGUUUCAAGAAGUUCAUAGAUAACUGGAAUAUUCAGACUGGUGUUUGGCUCAAAACUGUGUGUUACGACCGUGCUCCCCGUUACCCCACAGCCCUGACCUUCAUCCUGUCAGCUCUAUGGCAUGGAGUUUACCCCGGAUACUACUUCACCUUUAUUACUGCUAUACCCAUCACACUGGCAGCGAGAGCUGUGAGUACCAUUAUUACUGCUGUACCCAUCACACUGGCAGCGAGAGCUGUGAGUACCAUUAUUACUGCUGUACCCAUCACACUGGCAGCGAGAGCUGUGAGUACCAUUAUUACUGCUAUACCCAUCACACUGGCAGCGAGAGCUGUGAGUACCAUUAUUACUGCUAUACCCAUCACACUGGCAGCGAGAGCUGUCCGUAAGAAUGUCCGUCAGUAUUUCCUGUCCUCUUAUCCUCUGAAGCUUGUCUAUGACGUAGUGACCUGGGCAGCUACUCAGCUGUGUAUCUGCUACACUGUCAUGCCCUUCCUACUGCUGGCAGUAGGACCUACCAUGCAGUACUACAGGUCAAUGUACUUCCACAUUCACAUCAUCAGUAUUCUGACUGUGAUUGUACUGAGCCAGAGCCACAAACCAAGAGGCAGCAGCAGCAACGGCACCAAGCCUGGACCGUACGAUCCUCAUCCCCAGGCCCAGCCUCAGCUCCAGCCCUCCAACAACAACGUGAAAAGAAAGUGAAGUGUCCCUCUGUGUGUGGAGGCAGCCAGAGACCUGAAUGGGCCCACUGGGUCAGACAAAGACGUCUCUGUGUGUCCACAACAAAGAGAGAGCUCAGCGGGGUGUAGGGGGGCUGAGAGGGGCUCUGAGGGACUGUGCCUGCUGGCUGGUCUGCCUUGCAACCCUGUACUCCAAAAACAUCCAAUACUUCUACUGCCAGGCUCCUACAAGGCCUCUCUCUGCCCUGCUUGCCAAUUCUCUGUUCUUUCUUUCCAAGUGUGCACUUGUUCACUUCCCUUCAUGGAUCUGAAAGGAAAGGACUGGCAUACGAUCUCCCUCUAGUCCAGUCCAUAAACUCACCAAUACAACACUUUUAAUUAAAUGUGUGGGAAGCUGUGCACAAGUGAGAAAGUAUACUUCAGGAGAAAGAUCUGAGAAUUGGGCUCAUUGACUGACAGACAGACAGACAGACAG